AGACCUGCAUUAGGCAUCAAAGUGUUACCCAUUAUUUAAACCCAAAGCAUGUGAAGAAAAUUGUUGAAAUCAUAUCUGGAUGGAUGCUCGUGAACACUUGACUUGACUUGAGUCAAGAGACUAGCGCUCACGUGCAGCAUGGCGGAUGAAGCACAAACAAAUGCUUGAUGAGCGCUUGCUUGUUGUGGCAAGUGUGAGUGUGUGAAGGUGUUGUGAAUGUGCUAGUUAGUAUAUCAGUGUGUGAGUGUCGUGCGAGUGUGUGUGUUGUGUGUGUGGUGAAGGGUGUGUGUGUGUGUGUCACGCUCGUGUUGUGUGAGUGUGUGUGUGCACGUUAGUGCUAGUGAGUGUGUAUGCUGCAAGUGUGUGGUGCAGAGUGUGUGUUGUGAGUGAGUAGCGCAGGGUGUGUGUGUUUGUGUGUGUGUGGCACAGACAGGGUGUGUGUCAGCCAUGUCGUCGACAUCCUUGUCGCUGCCGUGCCCCGUGAGGCUGGGCAUCGUCCGGGAGGCGGGGCCAAGAGCCGAACUCCAUAGAUACACACUGGAGAGGAACCUCGCCAAGAUGGACAGGCUGCUCAGGAAAGGUGUUGAUGUAGACUGUGUAAAUGACGAGGGACAGUCUGCUCUGUUCAUUGCGUGUCUUCUGGGUCUGAAGGGUCCAGCCGAGGUUCUACUGAAGCACGGAGCCAACCCCAACCACCGUUGUUUUGACCAGAGUACCCCGGUGCAUGCUGCCGUGUUCUCGUGUUCGUCUCGGCUGGUGAGCGUUCUACUGGACGCGGGGGGAGACCUGAGACUCCACGACAAACGCGGACACGCACCUCAACACUGGGCCACCUCCGGGGGACAACCCAAUGCCAAGAAGAUGUUGGAGUUUCUUCAGAGCUGCAUGGUCCAGAUGCAGAGUGUGGUGCAUCGUCGGUUGCCUGGGGAAACUCCCUGUAGCCCUUCCUCCUCCAAGAUGCUGCUGCCGCCAUCACCCCUCAAACACCUGCUGCGACUCGGGGGGUGUGAUGUGACUCUUGGUAAGAAGAGUGGCGGUGGAUCUUGGAGCUCAGUGCAGUGUUUUGGAUUUGGGAAGGUGUGUACAGAGCGGCGUGGGAGGCUGCUGGGAUUGCAGGCGUGUGUUCCUCUCGUAUCAGACGUGGAACUCACACACACACAAGAUGAACCCCCCACCACCUUCACACUUGCAGACUGCACACAGAUGAGCAAUCUUAGCUGGAGGGGUUGCCGGGUGACUGUGAAGGAUCUGGUGCCUCUGAGUGGAAGCUGUGAGGACCAAUCAGAAUACAGCUACCGAGACCUUCUACAGAGGGAACACGAGUACUGCAGUCGUCUUCUGCAUCCUCAUCUCCUGCAGCAGUUGGCUGUAGCCCUGGGGGCCGACCUUCACACACGCCUGGUCUUCGAGAGAGUGCACAUCGGACCCCUACACACAAUCAUACAUCACAAGCGUGAGAGUGUGCCUGUGUUGCGUGGGGAGUGUGUGUACGGUGUUCUUCUCCAGGUGUGUGAUGCGUUAACGUACCUGCACUCGCGUCAGCUGGUCAUGAGGUCCCUCUCCUCACACAACGUCAUGAUGCUCACACACACUCACGCCAAACUCACCGGCCUGGGAUUCAUAUCAGCAGAAGACGGCAGUGUGUGUGUGUGUGGUCCUCCCCCUGCUCUGCCUCCUGUGUUGUAUAACUGGGCGGCUCCAGAGGUCAUCGCUCAGCAACACUGCACACACAAGGCCGACAUCUACAGUGUUUGUUGCUUACUGCAGGAGAUAUACACAGAUGCGUUGCCGUGGGGCCGUGUGUGUGUAGAGGAGAUUUUUGAUCAACUGGAGAGGGGGUGUGGCCUACUCCCCCACCCAUCUUUGCCACGCCCCUUUUACGACCUCGUCGAGCUCGGCCUGCAGCCGCACCCAAUCAACCGCACGCUCACACUAGAGCAGCUGCGAUACACACUCACCUCACACGUCAAGGAUGUGUCAGAUGCAUCAUGCUCUCUGAGUCCAGGAGCUAAGAGACGGCAGGACAUCCUCAGCCCACGUGGGGAGCAGGGUGUGAUGAGGGGGGUGCGCUGCUCUCUGGACUCCCAGAUACAGCAGGAGCUGUCUGACCUGGACCACAUGCUGAGGAGAGAGGAGGAGAGGGGAGUGGAAGACAGGAGCAGAGAGGAGGAGGAGAGGAGGAGGAGUAGACAGGUGAAGGAGGAGAGGAGGAGGAGAGAGGAGGAGGAGGAGAGGAGGAGUAGAGAGGCGGAGAGGUGGAGGAGCAGAGAGGAGGAGAGGAGAAAGAGUAGAGAGGAGGAGAGGAGGCGUAGAGAGAGAGAGCGUAGUGAGACGCAGAGGAGAGGAAGUGGAGUCAAUGUAGUGAGCAUAAGGAAAGUAGUAGGAGAGAGGGAUGAGAGAGCGGAUGAGGAGGAGAGCGAUACGAUGGAAGGAGAGAGUGAUACAGAGACGGAGGUAGAGAGCACCACGAGCGUCUUCACGGAGAGAUGGGAGGAGAGCGAGAGGGAGAGGGAGAAGAGGCUCUCUUACCCACUCACUCUCUCAUUGGACGACUGGAGGGCAUCUCUCGCUCCCGACACCACCUCGUUGGACGGCGAGUCUGAAGCGGAGGCGGGCUUAAACAAAGGGGCGGGACUCGGUGGCUCAGGUGUGUGUGAUGUCAUGAGCUCCAUCGUGCUGAACCAGCAGGUGUGUCGCACGCUGCUGCACGAGUGUGAGAGGAGCCUGGAGAGCGCCGAGCAGCACUCCCACACACUCUCGUACACACACACGCCCUCACACACAUCCUCACACACACACACCCCCCUGCAGGGCUAUGACGAGGUGGACUGCGGUGGAGGUGGGGGGGUUGCUGUUGGAGGGCUAGACGAUGAUGAUGGGGGAGGGGUGGUGGUGUCUGGGGCAGUGGGACCCCCUUCCAAAUACACUCCCCAGGUGGACAGGGGCAUGGGUGGGCCGUGGGCCAGGUCUGGCCCGGGCUCAGGGAGAGGGAGCGGGGUGAGAGGGGGAGCGGGCAGGGGGAUCGAGGAGGUGGGGGCCAUUACCCUGGGAGGGGCCAUGUGGCUGGGGGCGUUCCCCUCAAGCUCGGAGGAGUCACUCACCAUGAAUACGGCUACCACCCACCACACACACACUCAGACCGGGGAAUAUGAAUCUGUUAAGCAAAGCAGAACAUCCAGCUACAGGCGCAGUUCCGGCUCCUCAUCAGUGCAGUCUGAGGAUGUUCCUCCUCUGCAGUCAGCUGCUGUGUCUCCCCCACGACCUCAUUGGACCAAUGAAGUUGCUGAGCUGGUGUCGCGCAUGGCGUGUGGUCGCCUGGGUUCCUGUGCGGCUCCACCAAUCAGCAGUGAGAGUGAGGACUAUGAGGAGGCGUCAGGGCAGCGUCAGCCGAUAAGAGUCCAGAAUGGAGAGUAUCGACCAAUCAGCAAACAGAGGGAGGAGUAUCGGCCAACCAGCAGUGAGGACGCAGCACAGAUCCCGGCCACCUCCCGCCACUCCCAGCAGGACCUGAAGCUGGAGAGCAUCUUCAAGAGCUUCGCAGGGGCUGAGACUAGUGAGGAUGAGGAGGUGUGUGUGUCCAGCAGUAGGACCUUCAUCACUCUGGCUCAGGAGGUGUCAGAGGGCGUCACGCCAGCCGCGGCCACCAGGAGCAGCACUGAGCAGCACAGCAGCACACAGCACCACCAGCAGCAACAACUCUCACCAGACAGCACGCUGUUAGAGGACUCGGACUCAGACUCGGAGAUGCACUCUAUGAUUGAAGAGUCCAGCAUGUACCACACACCUGGGCCUGGAACUGAGGACCCCACUACUGAAGAGGAGGAUUUAGAUGUGACAGUGGAGGUGUGUCGACCUGCCUCUCUCUCCAUGGACAGUCACACAGGAGAGUGUGUCUCAGCUCUGCAUAGUGCAGAGGAGCAAGAAGAGGAAUGUGACCAGGAGCUUCAAGACGUCAGGUGUGUGUCGUGUAAUAAGCAGAUUGAUGAUCCAUCUCUACUACGGUAA